AAAAAAAAUUCCUCGUAGGUAAAAUAAAUUAAAAAUCCUAACCGUAUUAAAUCGCACGUUUUUCUCUAUAAAUAGAAUUAAAUUUUAUAACAUAUUUUACAACCUCUCAAUUGUGCAAUAAAAUUAUAUAUUUCUUCCAUCAUCAUUAGAAAAAAAUCCUAAUUACUUUGACUUCCAAGAAAAAAAAACCCAAACAAAACAAUAUCAUCUCUACCUACCAAGCGAGUUUUCUUGUGCCUACGUGACUUGUUGUCAAUGCUUUAUGGAUGAAUAUUCCCCAUCUGCUGCGCACCGACCUGUGAGCCAACCAACAAACUGAAAUACACGAACAAUAAAGAAUCAACUUCCACACAGAGCACAAACACAGUAGAGUAAAGUUCCUCAUACCUCAAACAGUCUAGCUCUCAGUGAGUUUUUAAUUGUUUUUUUUUUUGUGAAAGUAGUUUGUCUUGAAAUAAUUGUUUAUAAAGAAGAAGAAAAAAAAACUUAGUUCUUUGUUUAAAAUUAAUAGAAAAUUAAAUAGAAUCUCUACUAAAAAAAGCUAUGCUCGAAAUAGCCCAACCACUGCCAGCUGCGGCUCAACCAGGCAUCGUUGUUGUCCGAGCCAAACCUAAAAAAGUUUUCAAACCAAAAGCCAAAAUCAAUCGAAUUCCCCAAGAACUCUUGGAUGAUCCAAUUCUACAAAAAGCCAUCGAACGUUUACCAUGGAAUUAUAAUUUUGAAAUCCACAAGACUAUUUGGCGAGCUCGCGAAAUAAAAGCCAAAAGAAUUGCUCUCCAACUUCCCGAAGGUCUUUUAAUGUAUUCCAUUAUAAUUAGUGAAAUACUAGAACGCUUUACUUCCGCCGACACUGUAAUUAUGGGCGAUGUUACUUAUGGAGCUUGUUGUGUUGAUGAUUACACUGCUAAAGCUUUGGGGGCUGAUUUGCUAGUUCAUUAUGGUCACAGUUGUUUGAUUCCAGUUGACCAAACAACUGGCAUUAAAGUUUUAUAUGUCUUUGUUGAUAUUAAAAUUGAUCCAUUACAUUUUUUGGAUUCGGUUAAACUCAAUUUCAAACCUGAAGAUGGUCAAAUUGCUUUAGUGAGUACAAUUCAAUUUGUAACCACUUUGCAAGCUGCUUCUAGCGAAUUGAAAGAGAAGGGUUACGAUGUUAUUGUUCCUCAAGCGAAGCCAUUAAGUCCGGGAGAGAUUUUGGGCUGUACAUCGCCUCAAAUGCCAGAGACCACAAAGAUAAUCAUUUAUCUCGGUGAUGGUAGAUUUCAUUUGGAAUCGGCAAUGAUUGCUAAUCCUCGAUUAAAGGCUUAUAGAUAUGAUCCGUAUGAUAAGAAGUUUACUUUGGAAGAGUAUGAUCAUAAAGCAAUGCAGAAUGUUCGUUGGGAUCAUAUAAAAAGAGCAAAGAGUGCCAAGAAGAUUGGAAUCAUUUUGGGUACUCUUGGACGACAAGGAAGCAGUCGUGUGCUGCGAUUUCUUGAACGUCGUCUCCACGCCAAAGGUUUCCAAACCUCUGUAAUUCUUCUAUCUGAGAUAUUUCCACAAAAAUUGGAUCUUUUUGGUGAAGAUAUUGAUGCAUUUGUUCAAAUUGCCUGCCCACGAUUGUCGAUUGAUUGGGGAAGUGCAUUCACAAAGCCUUUACUGAAUCCAUAUGAAUUAUCAGUUGUUUUGGGUGAUGUUGAAUGGACACCGAAAAAUUUAGAACCAGAUAAUGCAUAUCCAAUGGAUUUCUAUGCAUCGGGUAGUCUUGGACCAUGGACACCGAAUUUUAAACCACCAGCAUUGGGUGAAUGUGAGAAUAAACCAUCGGCUAAAUGUUGUGGGCGGUGUACGAGAGGGGAAAUGGAGAAGGAGACAUUGGCUGCGGAAGAUCUUUUAGAUUUUAAAAAGGGAUAAAGAUGAAGCUUUAAAUGGACAUAAAGAGUGUUCAAAUUUUUUAAGUACAAUUUUUUAGAUUAAUUUUUGCUUUUUUUUCUUAUUUCUUUGUUUUUCAAAUGACUUUUUUUGUUAUUGUAGAAUGGAAUAUAGAAAGAAAGAAAUGUA